UAGGUGCUGGUGCCUUGUGGUGUUCCUUCUUCUCCAGCUACUGUGUUUUCUAUCUGUGCAAUGGAUAUUUGGCUACAGUGGGAAGUGACUGUGAACACUAACACCAACUUCAAAAGCUGAUACAGUCUAUUCUACCGAGAGAAAAUAAUUUGCUAAACUGAAACUCCAAGCACACUGUAAUGUCUACAUCACAUUUUAUCGCAUCACUUUACAUAGUUGUUGGUGGAUCUGGGUUCCUCCUGAGUACAAUUGCAAUGAUUCUUCUUGCAACUCAUUCCCGGCAGCCACUGAUGUCUCUCACUGUCUAUGGGCUCACUGAUACAGUAGCAGGAGUACUAUCAGGCAUUGGGGUGUUCUGUGAUGGCUGCCUUCAAUUUAUCCAGUUGAUUUACAGUAACUCGUGCCAUAGAUAUUAUGUGAUAUACAUUUUGCUAGUGUUUCCUCUGGUUGCAGUAAAUUUCUCCGCUCUAGGCAUGGCCAUAGAGAGGUUUCAAGUCGUGAGAAAUUCUGUGUCACAGUCGAGUAAGUUCCACCGAUUCUUUCCUUUCACCUGGACAAUGACAACCUGUCUCAGUGCUUUCACAUUCAUGAUAGUACUCUGGGGUAACACCCAUGUAGACUCUAUCCACACUAUUAAAGAUUUUUCUUUUUACUGGGAAAAAAGUCAGGAAAUUCGUCACACACGGCGCCUUCUGGAUAAUUUGUGGGCAUAUAACAGUCAAUACGAUUCCUCUGCUGACCAACAAGAAGAGAUUAUCGUUAAUUUGGUGCGUAGUAUUGUUCAGAAUUUCUCUUCACCUACCCAAGAUAACCAGCUUAACUACAGCUUUAAUGAUCUUAAUCUCUCUCCCACCAAUAAGCUACAGGAUGUUUAUAGUGAAAAUAAUACAGGUCAUUCACCAAUACUUGAACACACAGUAAAUGUUUCCCCUGGAUAUCAUAACAUCCUGUCAAAAUUUCCAGUGCGGAGAUUCAACAUAACUGCUUCACCAUUGAAUUACAACAAGGUAAUUCUUACAAAAGUUACUGACACUCCUUCCUCUCCAGACCUCCCUUCAAGAUCUGAUAUGACCAUAGUGACUGGGUGUAAUACAACACAAAAUGAAACAACAGGUGCAUCCCAGCCUAGUCCUAACCUGGCAAAAACAUUCCUGCCUUCAUUAGCUGACAUUAUUCAGCUUCUGACUGGUCCUCAAAACAUUGUACAAUCCCUUCAGGAUAUUACGGAUCAGGGAAUAACUAAUGGGAACCUUAACCUGGAUCAUAUAACAGAGCAAAACCAUGAGGCUUCAACUACUCCUGCCAUCACAACCCAAUCAUUCACCGAGACACAGAAGACUCACGGACCCGUAGCUGAGACUGUCAAUCCUUCAGUCUCACUUUCUGAACUACCAUUAAUUACCACAACUAAUGCUGAGCCUGCGACAACCACUAGUUUACAUGACAUGGUUGAUUCAUCUCAUGUUGUAACAACCCUUGAUGGCGUCCUUGUAAACAAUAACAAGGUGGAAUCUGUGACUCAAGUAUACAAUGAUACAUUAAUAACAUCCCCUGAAGUGACUACCUUUCACAUAGAUCAUGAAGUUACAGAAGUUGAAAUAGAGGCAAAUGUAGCAUCCACAGAUGAUACUACAUCUGAUGAACAAGUUUCCGAAGAGAUUGAAGUAAAAAUCUUUACCACGGAAACAACUGUAGAGGAGGCGGCUCCAACACCUCCACUAUGCCCUACCAAUGCCUUCACAGAAAAGCCCACAUCUGAUACUUCCAUCACAACCACAACAUCCACCCCUCUUAACGAACACAUGACCACCAAGCUUAAGACAGCCUCACAAAUACCUGAUGCUCAAAAUGUCGCCAACAACACAGCAUUUGACGUGCUGUCCAGUCAGAUCCCUUCUACACAAGAGAACAUUUCUAAUGAAUCUCUGACAGCAACUGGGCCUACAUUAUAUAUCAUAUGUUACACCAAGGAGAGCUUUCUUCAAAGCUACACAACCAUCAUCUUCACUGGGGUAUUUGCAUUGCCACUUCUAGCCACAACAGGACUAAAUUUGUACAUGGCAUGGUCACUCUCCCAUUAUAGACACUCCAGACUUACUGAGACCACAAACAACAAUUGGUUAAAACUGCGCAAGGCUGUCCUUCAGGCUCUCAUACUCCUUGCAGCCAAUGCCGUCUGCUGGGCUCCCUUCCUCUUGGAGCGGCUUUUGUAUGCAUGGGUGCCAGACUGGGACUUCCCAUCAGCUGUCCCUGCCUUGCUCUUCCUCCUUGGUCAUUUGCACAAUGUUCUGCAGAGUAUUUUCUAUCUCUGGCAGAAUACUAAGGUUCGAAGCCGUAUUUCCCCCGAGCCCAUCACGCCAGCAUCACUGCCAGGUAUGCAAGGGACCCCAGACGUUCCCAUGCAAGUCACAACUAUGCUGCCUGUAGAGGGAGACCCCUUCCUCCUCGUACCUCAUGCCAAGGAGAGAGACAACCCCUCCCCAAGACCAGCAAAACUGGUGCCAAGGGAACCGAUUGCUGGCUCUCUGAAUCCUUCCCCUAACUCUACAAAACUGCGGUCCCAAAACCAUUAAACUAAUGAAGUACAAGCAUUCUUUGGCAAAUGAAAAGUUUGACAGAAAUAGUGACACAUUUGAAAUACAAAUAUAAAUGAAACACAUGAAAUUAUAAGAUGAUAACUAGACUACAUUGAAUAACAAGGUCAUCAAAAUUAUCAUACCUCUAUCCAGCAAGGCAGAACUUACACUGGUUUCUCAUUUGAUAACAAAAUAUCUUACAUAACUAAAUGUCUUGUAUAAUGUGUUCUCUGUCAUAGAAUAAUCAUACUGAGAACAGUUGCCAACUGGAUAAAUAUGAUAAAAUAAUGUUAACCCAAUGAUGUUCAAAACCCAAUAUUUUGUUUCUUAACCUGUAUCAUUUAUCUUAAUACUGUAAGUACAAGAUAUCAGAACAUGGACA